AAUAUGGAGAAAUUGCACGAAUACCAAGGCUUCACAGGUCGACUGCAUGAAUGGCGUGAUAACAUAAAGGAAAAAAUUGUGGGGUUCCGAGAGCAAAACCCGGGAAAUAUUGUGGAACUAGCAAAAAAUACCGCAAAUGAUCAAUUGAAGGGCAAUGCUAACGCCAAUCAAGAUUACUCUCAUAUCUACAGGCACAAAUCUCGCAUGGAAUUAGUACGUGUGUCGGCUGCAGUAAUGGGCAUUGAAUUUUCCUAUGCAGCUGAAACAGCAUUUGUCUCUCCAACUCUUUUGAAGAUAGGGGUUGAACAUCAGCACAUGACAUUGGUAUGGGCAUUAUCGCCGCUGGUGGGAUUUUUUCUUACCCCAAUUCUGGGUUCCAUGAGUGACCGUUGCAAAUUAAAUAUGGGACGUAGAAGACCGUUUAUUAUACUUUUGUCUAUUGGCGUAUUUUUAGGUCUCUUGUUGGUACCCAAUGGUGAGGAUUUGGGCUACGCAUUUGGAGAUGUUGAUCCACACACCCAACUAUCAGUUAUGAACAUUACAUCCAAUGGGACGCACAAUAACAUAAACUAUUCGGCACAUCGGGCAACAGCAUCGAAAACUGAGUUGGGCACAGUUCAGAAAACUUCUCAUCCAUGGGGAAUAUUUUUCACAGUGCUUGGAACGGUGUUACUGGAUUUCGAUGCAGAUGCCUGUCAAAGUCCAUCCAGGGCCUAUUUAUUGGAUGUUUGCGUACCAGAUGAUCACGCGAAAGGUCUGUCCACAUUCACAAUAAUGGCUGGACUUGGUGGUUUUAUGGGCUAUUCUAUGGGAGGCAUUAACUGGGAUGCAACCGCAAUCGGCCGUCGUUUAGGUGGACAUGUAAAAGCAGUGUUUACAAUUAUCACCUUUAUUUUUAUAACGUGCGUGUCCUUGACGAUAACAAGUUUCAGAGAGAUCCCGCUUUGGGCAUUAGCCCCCUCAAAAGCAUCAAGGCUAUUAAAGGACGAAAACGAUCGUCUAGAGGAAGGUUCCGUUAGUUAUGGUGCAUUGGAUGAGACACAAUUUGUUGAAAAAGAACAAAGUCAGUCAGAGGUAAGUUAUUAUAUACUACCAGCGACUGAAGGACAAUCGGAUUAUUUUGGUGAGAUUGACGAAUCGAAUGUGCAAAAUGAACAGACACAGCCGCCAGAUGAUUCUUGCGCUGCACCACCGCCAGAAGCCGAACAAGCAGUUGAAACACUAUCCCAUUACUUACUGUCUAUUGUCUACAUGCCACACUCCAUGCGUAUGGUUUGCCUGACAAAUCUCUUUUGCUGGAUGGCACAUGUUUGUUAUUCCCUGUAUUUCACCGACUUUGUGGGAGAAGCUGUGUUCAACGGAGACCCAAAAGCACUAGAAGGAUCAAAGCCGCAAAUUUUGUAUGAGGAAGGCGUGCGUUUUGGUUGCUGGGGAAUGGCCAUGUAUUCCUUGUCGUGUGCUUGCUAUUCCUACGUUAUUGAAAGAUUAAUACAACGUUUUAAGGCAAAAAAAGUAUAUGUUGGCGGUUUAUUAUUUUACUGCUGUGGAAUGAUGCUCAUGGCUAUGACACGGGCCAAGGCAAGUGUAAUAAUAUUCAGCUGGGCAGCAGGUGUGAUGUACUCUACUCUCUUUACGAUGCCUUAUCUUCUAAUAGCGCAUUACCAUGCGAUGGGAACGUUUGAACUAAAUGUAGAUGGAUCGGCAAAACUGGGAUCUGGUGUACGAGGUCUGGGGACUGAUGUGGCCAUCGUUAGCAGUAUGGUAUUUUUAGCCCAAUUUAUUCUGUCCAUAUGUAUGGGAACGAUCGUAUCUGUGUCUGGAACAACCACCGCUGUAGUUAGUACAGCCAGUUUUCUUAGUUUUUGCGGAGCAUUGUCUGCUACUCAAAUAAUGUAUUUGGAUCUAUAAACAUUG